AUAGGCUAUUGAGGCUAUUUAUUAGUUAGUUAGUCAGUUAUAAUUUUUACUGAAUGUGAAACAAAAAGAUUGUCUUGUACUAAAGAUUGUCCUGUAAUUGAAUCCUAAUCUAUUCAUACUACUUAUGUUGUUACUGUUGAUAUUACAUAAAAAAGGAUUACUUUAAUGCAAUGAUAUUUUCUAAUAAUGGAACUAUUCAGCUUUUUUCUUCAAAAGUCGAAGUAAUACUUCCAUAUUCAAUUAAUUAAUUGAUAAAUAAAUAAUAACAAUAGUGAUAAUAUUGUUGUUCGGUGAUAUAAUUAUAAAAAAAGAUGUGAAUACAUUGGAGAUUGAUGAAUAUACAUGAAUAUAUAAGUGUUUAAGUAGUUUGUAAUAUUAGUGAUACUAUUAUUAUUGUUAUUGUCAUUACUAGUGGUAAUAGUAUUAUUAAUUAUUAGUAAUAAUUAGUCAUGGAUGAACUACAACGUCUUUAUGAACAUCAAACAAUGAUGGCAAUUGGAAUAUAUUCAUUUUUAGAUAAUCUAUUAUCUCAUUUACCAUCAACAUCAACAACAACAUCUACGCCGUCGCCAUCGUCAACACAUAAUGAUAAUGAAAAUUCUCCAAGAAGUUUACUACAAGAACAUACAUUGAAUACUACUAAUGGAAUAAUAAGAGAAACUAGUACAAUUACAGAUGAUUAUGCAUCGAAUAUUAUGUAUGAUUUAAAUGUACUUACUGCUGGUGAUACAUUUAAUGAAAGAAAUGAACGUAUACGAACAACACUGACGCCUUCAAGAACACUAAUAACCUGGCCAUUAAGUGAUUUAAGCAUACCUAGUAUAAACAGUUCACAAUUACAUCCAGUAAUACAGAAUUCUGUUAACACUACUAAUAAUAUUGAGAAUAAUUUAAGUGAUAAUAUUGAUUCAAUGUGUACACAAGAUUCAGCAUCAUUAUUAAAAGAUAUUCAACCUGGUGGUUAUCUUGAAGAAAUAUUUAUUUAUUUAUCGAAUAGUGAAAAAGAAGAAUAUUUAUGUACUAUAUGUUAUUUAAUACUUAAAGAAGCCUAUCAAUGUCAAAAUCAACAUAAAUUUUGUUAUGGUUGUAUAUACACAUGGUCUACAGGGCCUACAGCUGGUCAUGACAGUUGUCCAGUAUGCAGAUGUGAUGGUUUAUAUGCUAAGAAUUUUGAGUUAAAUGAUCGCAUCAAUAAAAAGCGUGUUCGUUGUCCACAGAGUCAUUGUAAUUGGAUGGGUAUGUUAAGCGCAUAUCAUGAACAUGAACACAGACGUUAUAGUCCAUAUGAAUUAGAUUUAUUAUUAGCAGAUUGUAAAAAGGAUAAUAUCAAGUCAUUAACAUCAUUAUUGCCAUUAUCAACACAAAAUCAAAUAGGAUAUAAUGAAAAAGAAUUAUCAAUAAAAGUGAAUGAUUCAUUACAAAUAAAUGAAACAAGUGAGACAAAUAAUCAACAUUACCGCAAUACUGAUAAUCAAUCUAAUCAACGUUAUUUAGAUCCUGGAAGAGUACCUAAUGUUUGUGAACCAAUCAAUCAAAUAACAGAGCAGAUAAAUGAAAAUUCAGUUGAAAGAUUAUUAACUACACAAAGACGAAUAAGACCUUUAAGAAAUGAUAGUCGACAUAGAUUACAAUCUUCAAUGAGAAUUCAAAAUCGACAACCUUCCCAUUCACGUAACUGUUUAAAUCAAACAGAAGAUAGUGGUGAAGGUGUGCGAAGACAUACACUUGGUAAUAAUAAUCAUUUGUCAUCUUCACAAGGAAGUAAUAAUCAGGUACAUUCACAAGCAUUACACAGAGGGCACCACCACCACCCCCAACAACAACAACAGACAUCUACAAGUGGACAAAGGCAACUAAGAUCACAUGAAACACCAAGUACACCAAUGCAUAGAAGUAAUUCUCAUACUAGGUUAAGACCAACGCCUAUUAUAAGAGAUACUCGAAAUCGAGCUGAAAGACUGCCUAAUGUAAGGAGACUACGAAGAUCAACGUGUGAUGAUAACACAGGACAACAACGACCUGAUAGUUCGCAAUCUACAGAAUGUCGAAGUGAGAAUAGUCAGUCUAGUAGUCGGUUAGAUUUUACACCGAAUAAUAACAAUACUGGAAGUCAAAAUAUAGAAGCAAGUUUGCUGAUAGAUAGGACAGAAAUGAACAGAAAUGAACAAAAUAUAAAUAUUUCUAGACUUUCACAAGUUAAUCUACCAGCAAUUAAUUCUAGUGAAACAAUUCCGGCUAAUUCAAAUACACACCAAGGGAUAAGUAAUAAUAAUACUCAGUCAUCAUUCCAAAAUAUCAACUCAUUCAAUUCAAUUCCACGAAUCCGUCAACCACUUGAAUUUCGUCGUUUAGUACCUCGAAGACAACGAAGAGUAGUUGAACAGUUGAGAGAAACUCGUGAACAAUUAGCUGCUAUGCUUCAUCUUAUGACUAUGGAAUUAGAAGAAAGACAAAAUCGUAUUUUGAAUACUGACCUAGAAAUAGGUAACCGAAAUAGAUUAUUAAGAAGUCAAAACAAUUUAUUUCCUUAUAAUGAUAAUAAUAGUAAUAAUAAUCAAAAUAUGUAUUCAGAAGAUACAACAAAUGACGAAUUUCUUGGAGUAAACAAUCAAAAUACAUCCUCGAGACAUGUGCAUUCACCUAGUGCCAGGGAAAAUGAUAAUCAGUCGAAUUAUUAUACUAAUCAGUUACGUAAUAUAAGUACACCUACUUCAACAAUGAAUAACAAUAAUAAUAAUAGUAGUAAUAAUAACAGAGAUGUAUCACGUACACUUUUGACACCAACAUAUAGAGUGCAGACAACUACAACUACAGGUGGUACUCAUACAGAACAGAUGAAUACUAAUAAUAACAACAGAUAUGAUACUAUACCUACAACAACAACAGUGAAUAAUGCUCAUCAAUCUUCUGCUUCGUCAUUGACAUCAACAUCAAGAUUAUUAACACGUUUACGAAUUAAUACACUAGCACAAACAAGAACUCCAUCAAGUUUAUUUACACCGCAUAAUAGAAGUAUAUAUCUUGUUAACGAAAACAAUGAAAGACAAAUCUCCAUACGAACAAGAACAACAACUUCGUCAUCAUUCAUGACAGGAGACAGUAGUAAUGAUGAAGAUGAACAGGAUAGUGAUGAUGAAAGCAGUUGCUAGUCUCAUUUGUUCAAUGAAAUAAUAUUCACAGACAAUAUAUGCGAUCAUUAUCAAUGCAUCAAUGUAGUUAGAUAAUUAAUUAAUUAGUGAAUGAAUGAACAGAGAAAACGUAUAUAUAAACCUAUACAAGAACCAACACACGUGUCUAGAUAAGAUUCCUUUCUAUACAAACAAAUUAACAUUAUAUACAUAAUUUACUACUUACAAUGUUUGAGUGUUUCGUUUCUUUUUUUUACAAUAUUUCAAACAAAAAAUAAAUAUAGAUCUCAC